AUAUUAGGCGUAUUAAAGAUAAAUUGACGGAGAAUGAUGGUGCUGGCGAAGAGAAAGAGAAAUGUAGUGAUAGAAAAGACAAUAAUGUUGUGAACAUAAGGUGUGUAGUAAACGUAUUGGAGGAUAAUGAGGCUGAGUUUGAUUAUAAUGGGGGAGAAGCAUCUAUGAGUCACCCAAGCACAAUACGAACAUUGAAUAGCAUGUUAAAGGCUAAACGUAAUGUGAAUAAUUUUGUAAGAUUAAAUGGUGUAAGCUGCCGAAGAGUGAAAACAAGUAGAAAAGUCGUGAAUAAUGUGUAUACGAGUUUAGUUGAAGGUGCAUUGUGA